GCAAUCAACCUAGCUCACUUGGCAUGAAGAUAACCCGGCAAUUCAUCGCCUCGUGGGGCCGACAUCCGAUUCUCCCCACGUACAUUGUAGCGGUGAGCCAAAUGCUAGCGUUCGUCUUCUGAACCUGUAGGAUUUCCAUGGCUGUCUCAGCUACCUCAGUUGCACCUUUGCUCGCAAAAGUAGUAUCCAGGGGACGCAUUGAGCCGUCAAAAUCGAAGUUUCUUGCUUCAAGCUCAACAUCGUCAAUUUUAUGUCAAUCCACUUCAAUCUCAUCUCGUUUCCAUCGGCGCAAGCCAUUCGUAAUUCAGGCGUCGGUUUCGAUCUCGGAUCCUCAAGUUCGAACGGGUCCUGAUGAUCUCGUUGCGUCCAUCCUCUCGAAGGUUACAGGAAGUGACAGAGGAGUUUUACUAACUGAAGGAAAACAUAAAGAGGUUGCUGAAGUGGCUCAAGAAUUGCAAAAAUAUUGUGUAAACGAGCCUGUUAAAUGUCCUCUCAUAUUUGGAGAUUGGGAUGUUGUUUAUUGCUCUGUGCCAACAUCGCCUGGGGGUGGAUACAGAAGUGCAGUGGGUCGCAUUUUUUUCAAGACAAAGGAAAUGAUUCAGGUUGUGGAAGCUCCUGAUACUAUCAGAAACAAGGUGUCCUUUUCUGCUCUUGGUUUCCUAGAUGGACAGGUCUCUUUGACAGGUAAAUUGAAGGCUCUGGAUGAUAAAUGGAUCAAAGUUGUGUUCGAGCCACCUGAACUAAAAGUCGGCGGAUUAGAGUUUCGAUAUGGUGGCGAAAGCGAGGUACAACUCCAAAUUACAUACAUUGAUGACAAAAUUCGUCUCGGAAAGGGCUCCAGAGGUUCAUUAUUUGUCUUCCAAAGACGGGUUUGAAGCUACUUAGUUAAAUUAUGAUUAAUAAUGCUCUUUUCAUGUCUCUAUGCUAAUUUUUGUUCCUAAUGACUCCU